GCGCGCGCGCUCUGGCUGGCCGUAGUAUUCAUGCACAAAGUUAGCCCGGUAUUUUUUCCAUCUUCCAGUGUAAUUAUUUGAACUGUUGCACGCAAUGCUGAACUGUGUAUUUGCGUGUUUUAUUUAGAGUCUAAAAGCGAUUCUGAGCUGCGUGGCUGGCAAACGAACCACUGGAAACGGACACGCAAGAUUUUGCUAGCGUUAGCUCGCUAGCAAGCAAGCUGCUGCUCAAAGAAGCUUGCUAAUAAUUUCAAGGCCCGCAUUUUUUUCUUUUUUAAAUAGAACAUUGUUAAUUCCACAAUGGGGUAUCUGAAAUUGAUAGAGAUCGAGAAUUUUAAAUCUUAUAAAGGCAGGCAAAUUAUUGGACCUUUCCAGAAGUUUACUGCCAUCAUUGGACCCAAUGGAUCAGGGAAGUCCAACCUUAUGGACGCCAUCAGCUUUGUGCUGGCGGAGAAGACCAGUAAUUUGAGAGUGAAGACUCUGAAGGACCUGAUCCAUGGAGCCCCUGUGGGGAAGCCUGCGGCCAAUAGGGCCUUUGUGAGCAUGGUGUACCGUGAGGACAGUGGCGAGGAGCGCACGUUCAGUCGAAUCAUCAUAGGGUCCUCCUCUGAGUACCGCAUCAACAGCAAGGUGGUGGGACUGCCCGAGUACAGUGAAGAGCUGGAGAAGCUGGGCAUCCUCAUCAAGGCUAGGAAUUUCCUCGUCUUUCAGGGUGCGGUGGAGUCCAUUGCCAUGAAGAACCCUAAAGAGCGCACAGCCCUGUUUGAGGAGAUUUCCCGCUCGGGCGAGCUGGCUCAGGAGUAUGAUCGCAGAAAGAAGGAGAUGGUGAAAGCAGAGGAGGACACGCAGUUCAACUACCACCGCAAGAAGAACAUUGCCGCAGAGCGUAAGGAGGCCAAGCAGGAGAAAGAGGAGGCCGAGCGCUACCAGCGGCUGAAGGACGAGGUGGCUCGAGCCCACGUGCAGCUGCAGCUGUUCAAGCUGUACCACAACGAGGCCGAGAUCGAGAAGCUGAACCGCGAGCUGUCCCACCGCAACAAGGAGAUCGACAAGGACCGCAAGCGAAUGGACCGCGUGGAGGAGGAGCUGAAGGACAAGAAGAAGGAGCUGGGCAGACUGAUGAGGGAGCAGCAGACCAUCGAGAAGGAGAUCAAGGAGAAGGACUCUGAGCUGAACCAGAAGCGUCCGCAGUACAUCAAGGCCAAGGAGAACACGGCACACAAGAUCAAGAAGCUGGAGGCAGCGCGCAAGUCGCUCCAGAACGCCCAGAAGAUGUACAAGAAGCGCAAGGCCGACAUGGAUGAGCUGGAGAAGGAGCAGGGUGCCGUGGAGAUGGCCCGGCAGGAAUUCGACGAGCGCAUGGAGGAGGAGGCGCAGAGCCAGGGCCAGGACCUCCAGCUGGAGGAGAACCAGGUGAAAGCGUACCACCGUCUGAAGGAAGAGGCCAGCAAGCGGGCCGCCACUCUGGCCCAAGAGCUGGAGAAGUUCAAUCGCGACCAGAAGGCCGACCAGGACCGACUGGACUUGGAGGAGAGGAAGAAAGUGGAGACAGAGGCCAAGAUCAAGCAAAAGAUCAGAGAGAUCGAGGAGAACCAGAAGCGUAUUGAGAAGUUGGAGGACUACAUCUCCACCAGCAGGCAAUCUCUGGAUGAGCAGAAGCGGAUGGAGGAGGAACUGACGGAGGAGGUGGAGUCGGCCAAGAGGAGGAUUGAUGAGAUUAACAUGGAGCUUAAUCAGGUUAUGGAGCAGCUAGGUGACGCCCGUAUUGACAGGCAGGAGAACAGCAGACAGCAGCGCAAAGCUGAGAUCAUGGAGAGCAUCAAGAGGCUCUACCCUGGCUCUGUGUAUGGCAGGCUGAUCGACCUCUGCCAGCCCACCCAGAAGAAGUACCAGAUUGCUGUGACCAAGGUCCUGGGGAAGAACAUGGACGCCAUUAUUGUGGACUCGGAGAAGACAGGCCGUGACUGCAUCCAGUAUAUCAAAGAGCAGCGAGGAGAGCCGGAGACCUUCCUGCCUCUGGACUACCUGGAGGUGAAGCCCACUGAUGAGAAGCUGCGUGAGCUGCGCGGGGCGAGGCUGGUGAUUGACGUGAUCCGCUACGAGCCGCCCCACAUUAAGAAGGCCCUGCAGUACGCCUGCGGGAACGCCCUGGUGUGUGAGAACGUGGAGGACGCACGCAGAAUCGCCUUUGGAGGACCAUAUAGACACAAGACUGUGGCCCUGGACGGCACCCUGUUCCAGAAGUCUGGUGUGAUCUCCGGAGGUGCCAGCGACCUGAAGGCCAAGGCCCGCCGUUGGGACGAGAAGGCCGUGGACAAGCUGAAGGACAGGAAGGAGAAACUCACCGAAGAGCUCAAAGAACAAAUGAAAGCCAAGAGGAAGGAGGCUGAGCUGCGUCAGGUACAGUCCCAGGCCCACGGUCUUCAGAUGCGGCUGAAGUACUCCCAGAGUGACCUGGAACAAACCAAGACCCGCCACCUGUCCCUCAACAUGCAGGAAAAGUCCAAGUUGGAGAGUGAGCUGGCCAACUUUGGGCCGCGUAUCAACGACAUCAAGAGAAUCGUCCAAUCACGGGAGAGGGAAAUGAAGGACCUCAAAGACCGCAUGAAUGUGGUGGAGGAUGAGGUGUUUGUGGAGUUCUGUAAGGAGAUCGGGGUCAGAAACAUCCGUGAGUUCGAGGAGGAGAAAGUCAAGAGGCAGAACGAGAUCGCAAAGAAACGCCUGGAGUUUGAGACCCAGAAGACCCGCCUGGGCAUCCAGCUGGACUACGAAAAGAACCAGCUGAAGGAGGACCAGGAGAAAGUGAUCAUGUGGGAACAGACGGUCAAGAAGGACGAGAGCGAGAUCGAGCGAAUGAAGAAGGAGGAGCAGAGGCACAUGAAGAUCAUUGACGAGACCAUGGCCCAGCUCCAGGACCUGAAGAACGGACACCUCACCAAGAAGUCCGAGGUCAAUGACAAAAACCAUGAGAUGGAGGAGAUCCGCAAAAAGCUGGGGGGAGCCAACAAGGAGUUGACCCAGCUACAGAAGGAGGUCACUGCCAUCGAGACCAAGCUAGAGCAGAAGCGAAGCGACAGGCACAACCUGCUGCAGGCCUGCAAGAUGCAGGACAUCAGGCUGCCACUCAAGUCAGGGACCAUGGACGACAUCAGCCAGGAGGAGGGCCAGGCCGAGGAGAGCAGCCAGAGGACCUCCAGCUCUGUCCUGGCCAAAGAGGCUCUCAUCGAGAUCGACUACAGCAACCUGUCCGAGGACCUGAGGGACGCUCUGGCUGAGGACGAGAUCAAGGGGGAGAUGAACACGCUGCAGCAGCGUCUGAACGAGCAGCAGAGCAUCCUGCAGAGGAUCAGCGCACCCAACAUGAAGGCCAUGGAGAAGCUGGAGAGCGUCAGGGACAAGUUCCAGGAGACCAGCGACGAGUUUGAGGCGGCCAGGAAGAGAGCCAAGAAAGCCAAGCAGGCUUUUGAGCAGAUUAAGAAGGAGCGCUAUGAUCGCUUCAACGCCUGCUUUGAGUCCGUUGCUACCAACAUUGAUGAGAUCUACAAGGCCUUGUCCCGCAAUAGCAGUGCCCAGGCUUUCCUGGGCCCAGAGAACCCAGAGGAGCCCUACCUGGAUGGGAUCAACUACAACUGUGUGGCUCCGGGCAAACGCUUCAGGCCCAUGGACAACCUCUCAGGAGGAGAGAAGACUGUGGCUGCCCUGGCCCUGCUCUUUGCCAUUCACAGUUAUAAACCUGCUCCCUUCUUUGUGCUGGAUGAGAUUGACGCAGCUCUGGACAACACCAACAUUGGAAAGGUGGCCAACUACAUCAAGGAUCAGUCUGUUCAGAACUUCCAAGCCAUCGUCAUCUCCCUUAAGGAGGAGUUUUACACCAAGGCUGAUGCCCUUGUUGGAGUCUACCCCGAGCAAGGGGAUUGUGUCAUCAGCAAAGUGUUAACGUUUGACCUCUCGGAAUAUCCGGACGCGAACCCCAAUCCGAACGAGUAGAGCAGUCCGCGCACUCCUGUGACAUUGUGUAUUUUGGGUGACCCCCUGCGGAGUCUAAGCUACAAUUAUGUUCCAAAUGCAUUUUUUUGAGUUGUCUCAUUUUGUGUGUAAGUCAGCUGAAUCAUGACCACAUAAACACUCUGUGAUACGCCUGCUGUAGAAUAAUGGAUCGGGUUGACUAGCAGGGUCAACAGUUAUUUUUAUCAGGCCUUUCAUUCCACUCAUAGGACUAGAGUAGGAAUUGUGUUGACUGGUUACUUUGUCAAUCUUUCUCUUAUAUUUCAACCAUUUUGUCUGUUGGGUUUGUAUACUGGCUUAAUCAUGUUCCUUGCUGUAGUCUUUUCAUAAUCUUGUAUUUGAUUGUUAAGUGAUCAUGGGACUCGUAAGAAAGAGAGAUGUUGAAAGAUGGAUAGUUGUAGUGACUUUUUUUUUACCAUACAAAUAAUUUUAUGUAAUUGCUUUAAGUAUUUCUUUUUAAAGGUAGUGAGCUUUCAGCACUACUUUCACGCUGCAAUGAAUCUUGACUCUAUAAAACAUCUACAACAGUUUUCUCCUGGUAAUGUUGUGCACAGAAAGCCUAGCAGCACAUGGCUUUGUUUUGGAAGGUGGCAAAGUGACAAGCAUGUGCAGCAGAUUCCAAGGCUGGGUGAACCUUCAUUAUUUACUGACUCACAGUUCCUUCUAACCCCCCCCCCACACACUCUCUGUGUGUUGGACCAUGUGUUUGUCUGCUGCAUCAUAUUAACUUUUAGAUUACUGAUAACUGGUGUGUUUUAAUAAGUCUACUAUGACUGUUGCUUUUUUGGAGUAAAAUAAAAAGAAACUUUUGUUUGUUUGCUUGUCA